AAAAGUUAUUAAUUUUUCAAAUCCCUUCGUGACUUUUGCCCCACCCUGUACAAAAGUAGAUACACAUGCCCACACGUCUCCUUGAAAAUUCGAGGUCGUAUAGCCAUUUUAUACUACAAUGUGUAGGUUGGCUCUUGUUGUGGUUUCGUGUGUCGUUUUUUUCCCCUCCAAUUUCGUUUCCUCAGGUUACACCCGUAUCCGGAUGUGUGGGCAUGUGUAUCUACUUUUGUAGUUUCAUAUGUGCAUUCAUUUCGGGCCUGAUGAAGCCAACCUGCAGAAAUACGUAUCGCUCGGGUUACCUAUCCUAUUUUCUGCUCGAAUUCACUUUCCGCCUUUUUGAGGAUUUUGCCCAUUAUUUUCCUACUUGUUAUAUACUUUUCUCCGCAUGAUCAUAUUCUCUUUGUAGAUCCUUUGGGCUUGAAGUACCACAGCAAGUGGCUAUAACCGGCCGCGUGGUGGUUAGACGUCUCCUUGAAAAUUCGAGGUCGUAUAGCCAUUUUAUACUACAAUGUGUACGUUGGCUCUUGUUGUGGACUUCGUGUGUCGUUUUUUUUCCCCUCCAACUUCGUUUCCUCAGGUUACACACGUAUCCGGAUGUGUGGGCAU